UAAAAAGAAAUAAAAUUAAGCCGGUGCACUAAAUUUUUUUGUUACUAAUUUACGCCUGCUUGCCAUUUUCUUUUCGUCUAUUUUUAAGUGCGCAUGCCUUCACUUUGCUUCGUGUGCUUCGUCGCUUUAUAUUUAAAACUAAAGGGGACACGGAUCCCUCCCUUGCAUGAUCUCUCUCUCGUCGCGUAGACGCUCAUAGGAUGCGCAUUGUUUCAGAAACAGAUAAACUGUCAGAUAUUUCUACCGCUUUUGUUAUCUACAGGAACAGAGCAUGACGCAGAAAAAAUGAUACUAGUGCUUCAAGCGAGUUUCUUCUACGUGAAUUCACAAGUAUCUUUCUGAGUGUACGCAUCUGUAGCAAUAUAAUUGUAAUAUCGCAGUUUGGCAGUUUUUUCUCUCUGUUAUUAGCGUGUUUUUAUUUUUAUUUAUCUUUUUUUUUUUUGAGUAAAUUGGAUGUGAAAUGAGACAAUCGACGUAUGUUAUACAACAAACGAUAAUAUUAAUAUCGAACAACAACAAAAGAAAUAAAAAGAAUAAUUUGUCUGCGACUGCAAAAGCUGGUUUCUAUCUUUUCAUGAAAAAACUCUUCUCGCUGUUGCAGGUAAGUAGAAUAAAUUUUUCUUCCUUUCGGAUUUCUCGUUUGUCUUCACGGCAAAUUACUAUCGUGUUACAAAAUAAUCAAAAUACAACGAGAACGCUCGAUCGAUUGCAGAUGAUACAAUUGGUCGCGCUAUUAAUAACGGUCUGCACUAUUGGGUUUUUUUUAAUACUGACAAAUGUAACGCAAACUUUACGCGUGACGACGAACAUAGAGCCGGCCGCAUCGCCGAAGUAUAUAUCAUCAAACUACACAUCUACCGCGCACAAUGUCGAGUCCGAAAUCCCACAAGUUGCGAUGUCGCGGAAUCAAAUAGAAGAUGCUAGACGAGACUUGGAAAACAGAAAGCAACGAAUAACUCGCAUGUGCGAGACUAUCGGCAAAAGAAAGCCGCACUUGGAUGCCGCGCUGACGAAUAUGAUCGUCGAUACAGCACACAACGUGUCAUGGUGUCCUAUAUACAAGGCGGCAAGUUCUAUGUGGAUGACUUACUUCGUUAUGUUGAAAGGUGUGCUAACGGACACUACUAAGGAUCUGAUACGUCGCGAUCUCAUUCAGGUCAAUAAUAUCGUAAGACAGAAGUUUCCGCGCGACGCGGAUCUCAACAGAACAUACAAGAAGAUAAGACAAACAAGAAAGUUCCUGAUUGUGCGACACCCGUUGGAACGUCUCUUGUCCGCAUACAGAGAUAAACUGGAGCACAUGCAGGGACGCGAGUAUUAUUACAAACGUUUCGGCCGCCGUAUUACACUCAGGUAUCGCGAACUCGACAACGUUAAUGUGACCGCGAAAUUGGAGCCGACAUUCGCGGAAUUUCUGCGCUUCAUUGUCAACGAGAAACAUUUCGACGAACAUUGGGCGCCGUAUUAUCUCACCUGCGAACCCUGCGCGAUCCAAUACGACUAUGUCUUGAAGUUCGAGACUCUGGACAGAGAUCAGAACUUUUUCAUGCAGGACGCCGAUCUAAGCCGAUAUCUGUACGAGAAAAACUAUCCGCGAAACAUCAAUCCAUACGGUGCGACUACCAGAGAAAUACUCGCCGAAUAUAUCAAGGAGAUACCGCAAUUGCUCCUUGACAAAAUCUAUAAGAUCUACAAGAAUGAUUUUGAAUUAUUUGACUAUUCAUUGCCUUGAUGUUAUUUUGUAUUGUAAUAAUAGGCAGCUGUGAUAGUUACAUGUAAAUAAAAACUUUUGUCUUAAAUGCAAUUUACGUACAAAAAUCUUCCAAAAAGUUCCAGACUAAUGAAAUUUGAAAACAUGUAUUUACGUUUCUUUCUUUUUCAGAUUAUGUAAAUUUUUAGUCACAUGAAAAAAAUACAUAUAAAUAAAA